UUCCAACAACAUGGAAACAAAAUCUCAGCCAGUCAUUUCAAAGUGCAAAGAGAGUGAGAAUUGGACUAAGGUUUCAUUUAAGCCCGACUUGGCAAAAUUUAACAUGACUCAUCUUGAGGACAACAUGGUUGCGCUGAUGAAAAAGCGGGUAUUUGACUUGGCUGGGUGCCUUAGGAAGUCUGUGAAGGUUGACCUGAGUGGAACUCGGGUCACCGUAAAAUCAUUUACUGAUUAUGUUAAUGUCUACUCAGAUUCGGCUGCUAAAUCUAAACCUGAGAAACCUCCAAGCUAUGAUGUGAAAGUUAAUGAUAGGUGGGAGAUAUGCGUGAGUCUUAGUGAUGGGCAGUUUCAACCGGUCAGCUUUGUGAAUUCGAUUGCCACAACCAAGGGUGGAACUCAUGUUGAUUAUAUCAGUAAUCAAAUUACAAACCAUAUAAAAUGAAAAAAGUAAGAUUUUAA